AUGGCUGCAUACCCAGCAGCAGCCCCUCACCAGGACCCUGCAGCGCAGGGUGGUUCCGCCCCGGGGGCCCCCGGGGGCCCCCAGGGGCCCCAGGGGCCCCAGGGGGCCCCCGGCGGUGCCCCGCCAGCUGCAGCAGCAUACGGGGCCCCCAGCUACGCCUAUGGUGUUCAGGCCCCUCCCCAGGUGUAUGGGGGCCCCCAGGGGGCCCCCCAGUACCCAGCGGCGUAUGGGGCCCCCCCCCAGUACGGUGCAGCGUAUGGGGGCCCCCAGCAGUACCCUGGUGCAUAUGGGGGCCCCUAUGCGGGUAUGGCCCCCCCGUACCCUCCUGCUGCACCUGCUUACCCAGGAGCAGCAGCAGCAGCAGCAGGCCAAUGCUAUGCGCAGCAGCAGCCCCCAAUGUAUGGAAAACCUGCAUCCACAGGGCCUGUAUCUAUGGAGCUGGGGCCGCAGCAACCCGCCGCCGGCGAAAUGCAAAUAAGCGAUCAGGUCUCCGUGCAGAUUCGGCAUUCUUUUGUGCGAAAGGUUUUGGGAAUUCUCGCCAUACAAAUACUCGGUUUUGUGUGA